AUGAGCUAUUAUAAAAAUUAUAGAACAACAAAAGGAAAGAGACGAAAAAAUGAAGUUCCUUAUAAUCAACAUAAUCAUCACAAAGUCCUCGGUAGACCAUUGAUAAUAGGUUACAUGAGUGUUGAUGGUAAUCGCCAAUAUUGUUCUAAUUUAUCACAGCUGAAGUUUUUAAACAAUAAUUCAAAUAUUUCAACGUCAUUGGAUUUAAAUCAUAAUAUAGAUGCAGCCAUAAAGCGUUCAACUGAUGAGAAUAAUGAGAAAAUUGACCUCUUAUUGCAAUUUCUGUUGCAUCAGAAUCAGUACAUAACUUCAUUUUAUAAAGGUCUUGAUUUUAUUACAUACCGAAGAACAUUAAUAAGUGUCAUGUGUAGCGCCUUCACCAGUUCACAACCAGUUACUGUAAAAGCUUGUUUGUUUCAAGAUAAAAUAUAUUUAUGUUCCGUUGAAAGUGCCCAAGAACUGCUUAGACGACAGGCUCGUACCAAAGAUGAAGAGAUGUAUUGUGCUUGGGGUUAUAAAUUUGAACAGUAUCUGCUCUCAGAUCAACCUGAUUCAAGUCCUAGUACGGAGAAACCUGUUGUUGAAAAUGAAGAGUUCUCAUUGUUUUAUUACAAUACACUAAGUGAUCUCAAACUUUUGUAUGGAGCACAAAUUGAUGCAUUGUUGACAAACAAAUCUACAACACAACCUCCUAAAACAGAUGAUUUUGAAACAAACUUAAAUUAUUUAAAAAAUAAUGAGUUUGCUGAAUUAAAAACGAAUAGGGAAUUACAAAACCUUAAACAAGAAAGAAAUUUUAAAAGAUACAAAUUGCUUAGGUGCUGGUGUCAAUGCAUUUUAGCAAAUUUAAGUGGUUUAUUUGUGGGUUUUCGAAAUGACCAAGGCAUUGUCCAGAGGUUACAUUGGUUUAACACUCAAGAUUUAGUUAAAUACUGUAAGGAUGAAUGGAAUCCUCAACAAGCUUUAGACUAUCUGCAUUAUUUCCUUUCACACGUCAAACAAUGUUUUGAACCAUACAAAACUCAAAUGGGACCGGUUGUAAUACAAUUUGAAAUUGCUGUUGAUAAGAAAAUUACUAUAGUUGAAUGUGGUAACGAUAUAUUACCUUUAUGGUUUGUAGAAAAAAAACAAUAA